GACAGAUGUGAACGUGACCACAGGGCCCUUCUUCCCUGUCUGCCUCUCCAGCCUGGAGACAAGGCAAGGCUGGGCCAGUGACUAAGGGAGGGAAAGCCGUAAGCGGCUGGGCCUUCUCCCUGGCCUGUGCGCCUAGGCGCUGAGGGCACCGAGCUCAGAACUGUUAGGUGUGCCUUGGGGAGGCCUCCUGGGCACCCAAGUGAGCCUUGCUGCAGGCAGCUUCUGUCUUUCUGUGGGGCAUCGGUUUCCACCUUUGUCACCAGUCUUCAGGUGACCUCUGUGUCCAGGCUUCUUUGUUGCCUUUCUGGGACCCUUGAGACCUGGCUGCCCUGGACUACGCAGCCUGCUCCGUAUGCUGUCUACACCUCAGCGGGUGCUUUCGGGUUCCAGAGUGGCUGGGUACAGGGAUAGGCCCAAACUCAAGGAACCCAGGUAGGGACCAGCUUGGGAGCCUGAGAAGUGUUAUAACCGGCAACCCCUUAAUGUGCCUCAGCGUCUAAGAGGCCUCCUGGGGAGUCUCCUAUGUUGCAAAGUGGUGGCCCUAGCUGAGGGAUGUGGGGUGUGGCUGCAGAAGGGUAGGAAGGCCCACAGGGCAGGUCCUAAGGGAACAGCCUCAGUGUUUGGGGCAGGACUGUGUGAGAGGAGGCACAUGCUCCAUCCAUGGGGAAUGGCAUCGUGUGGAGGGCAUGCUGGGUGGCCAUGUACGCUGUUGGCCCAAUAUAGGAAGGCCAGCAGAGAGCUAGCAUCUGCCCAGUGUCCUGUCAGGUCUGGGCAGGGCGGUGCCACCAACUCUACCUCAGCAUCCUGAUCAAAGCUAGACUGCAGACCUGAUAGGGGGUCGCUGUGGCCCAACAGGGUCCCGCUGUGCAUAGCCUGGAAGCUCAGGCCUUCUGGAGGCACUCAGCUUUCCUGAAAUAGUAGGCUGGGUAACUCAGUGGUCAGAUAAAAGACUGGUGGCCAGUGGGCAGAGGGCGGGGCCUGCCCGAGACCCAGAGAAGAGUCGGUAUUUAGGCACAAGAGUCUCUGUGCAGGGCACUCAGGUCCCGAGGCUCUAGAAAGUGGCGUCUAACACCCUCGCACUGCCACAGGCCCAGGUGGCUGUGCUGCAUAAGCCUCGGUUAUUCUUAGUGCCUGAGGCCCACCCCUCCUGCCAGGGCGGCUCCCUCCAAUUCCAACCCAGCCCACUUUCUUCCCAUCACAGGGAGCUAGGGAGGGAACACAUAGUCUCUUAUUCCUGGGCUCCGAGGAAGGUUGUGGUAGAGCCAAGAGGCCACCGUGCCAAUGCCAAGGGCUACCCAGGCCAGAACAGGAGUCAGUCUGGAGUGGCCUCAGGAGCAAAGCUGAUGGAAGAGACUGCUUCUCUAGGGGCCUAGCUUUAGCUUUGGAAGGAAGCCCAGGGGCCCAGGGGUUGGGUGGGAAAGGGCUUUCAAAUAAGCUGUCCACCCCCACAGCCUUUGGCAUGCCCACCCACAGGCCUCAAGGGGUGUGCUCUGUUGAGCUGGGGAAGCCAGCUCAGUGUUUACAGAAUGAGGGUGUGUGUGUGUGUGCGUGUGUGUGUGUGUGUGUGUGUGUGUGUAUGCACGCGCGCGCGCUUGUGAGCUGCAGCAGCGAGGGCGGGUACUGGGAGAGCCCAGCCUUCUCCCUGGCUGCUAUUUAAGCAUCAGGCGAAGCCCGUGGGUCCCGACAACAGCAGACGGGAGGCCCUUGGCACUUCAGGCAGGUGGUAGCAGCUGUGCCUGGCACCUUGGCAUCCUGCCUGGGCUGCACAUGGCCUGGCACCCGUACAGCUCCUGAUUGCUACGUCUGGAGGGAGCCUGUGAUCCUGCGGUAUUCCCAGGGCCCCGUCUUCUGACGAGGAGUGUUUCUUUGACCUGCUGAGUAAGUUCCAGAGCAGUCGUAUGGAUGACCAGCGCUGUCCCCUGGAGGAAGGCCAGGCUGCGGCUGCCGAGGCCACAGCUGCCCCAACCCUGGAGGACAGAGCAGCUCAGCCCUCUGUGACAGCUUCACCACAGACUGAGGAGUUCUUUGACCUCAUCGCCAGCUCCCAAAGCCGCCGGCUGGAUGACCAGAGGGCUAGCAUAGGCAGCCUGCCUGGGCUACGUAUCACUCUCAACAAUGUGGGGCAUCUCCGAGGCGACGGGGACCCCCAGGAACCGGGGGAUGAGUUUUUCAACAUGCUUAUCAAAUACCAGUCCUCCAGGAUUGACGACCAGCGCUGCCCGCCCCCUGAUGUGCUGCCCCGAGGCCCCACCAUGCCUGAUGAGGAUUUCUUCAGCCUUAUCCAGAGGGUGCAGGCGAAGCGGAUGGAUGAGCAACGUGUGGACCUUGCUGGGAGUCCAGAGCGAGAGGCCAGCGGGCUGCCUGACCCCCGGCAGCAGUGUCCGCCAGGGGCCAGCUAAGGCCUCACCCCUACAGCCAGCCAUACCCUACUCUGGACUCUGUAGGCUCACAGUUGUCCUCAGUGGCCAUGAUCCCCCAGUAAGCCAAAUCCUCCCACGGCCAUGAUGGAGAGCCAGCUCAGCCCAGCCCCUUCCCACUGAUCCAUGAUGGUGGGCACAAGGUCCCCCGCCCCAGGUGGUGGGCUCAGGCUAGAGCUGCUAUAUGGGGGAGGGCAUGCUUCUGUCCCCAUAUGAGCCACAGCUUCCUGCAGGCCCCGCCCUGCCCCGCCCUGCCCUGCCCCAGGCCGGGCCUUCAGCAUGUUGGCCCCAAGCCCUGGUGCUGUCCAGUCUUCUCCCUCAAGCCCUGCCCUGCCAAAUGUGAAACUCUGCCAACUCUCCCAAGCUCCCCAGAGGGGCUUCAAAGACAUCUUCUGGUAGGGGCUACAGUGGCAAGGCAACGUCUGUCCCCCCAGCUGGUCCUGGGAUGGCUAUGAAGGAGGUACACUCUGAUCUGCCUCACCGCCCCAGGGCAGGCGCUAUCCUGGCCUGGCUGUGCCCCACCCUGCUGAGGGAAAUUGGCAGCUGCAAAGUCCAGAUACCCUGACCUGGUAGUCCCCAGCCUUGCAUUUGGCCUUUGAGGAAAGAUGGGGCUUGCCCCGGCAGUGGGGAGAGGCAAGCCUCCAAGCCAAACGCAUCGGGUCUUGUCCUAGGAGUGCUGGCUGGCAGUGGACACUCACAACAGAUCUGCUCAGCUAGACCCUCCAGGCCUCUUAGUGAACAUCUCCCUUAUAUUACUAGGGAGAUGGUAUCUUGGCUUUCUCCCCAAGGAGGGAUCCCUAUCUAAAUUGGACACAAAGCACUGCAGUUGGGGUAGAGAUUCAGCAGGACUGCCAGGGCAUCCCUGAGAUAGACCUUUGGGGACCAUGGUUCUAGUUCUUGCCUACCGGUCCUAUAGCUAGCCCUGCUGGAGGGCUUGUACAACCUUCUAACCCAGGGCCUCUUAUCCUGUAGCCAGGAGGGGGCAGAGCAAGGGAAGCCGGGGACCCAACCUCUGAGAGGGAGAGGCAAUGAGUCUGAGGGCAGAGGCAGAUGCAGAUGCGAGAGCACAGGGUCUCGGGCGGGACACGACGGCCGCCCGCAUACUUGAAUGUACAUGCGUAUUUAUUGCUUACACGUGUUUGCCAUGUUGUUCACGGGUCCUUUCCAACCCGACAGGUACGUUUGUUUUCUUUUACCCAAAAAUAAAAGUCUGCCAAGUGA